AUGGCUCGAAAGAGUGAUAGGAAAAUGGUUGUUAAAUCCACUAAGAAAGUCGUUGAAGAAAGUGUUCAAGUUUCAGUUAUAAGCAGCAACAAAAGAUUAACACGCACAAUAACAAUCUCUAGUGAAAACAAAAACAAUGACCAGGAAGAACAAAACAGAAACAUUAAUAUCAUCACAGGGGAGAUGAAGAAGAGCAAGACACAGAAAGGUAAGAAGAAGAGGAAGAAGAGUGUUGAAGGGUACCAAAGGUAUGUGUACAAGGUGUUGAAACAAGUGCAUCCUGAAAUGGGAGUUUCAUCGAAAUGCAUGGUGAUUUUGAACAAUUUUAUGAAUGAUAUGUUUGAGAGACUAGCUUGUGAGGAUAUUAAGUUGAAGGAUUAUACAGGAAACAUGACAUUUUCAUCAAGGGAGAUUCAAGGAGCAUUUAAGCUUGUUUUUCCUGGUGAGCUUGGGAAACAUGCUAUUGCUGAAGGGAUCAAAGCUGUGAACAACUAUACAGCUUAUGAAUCUGCAUGA